AUGACGUUUAUCAAUCCAGCCGUGGUGGAAGGGGCACGGUUUGUGGUGAGGCAAGCGACCGAGUCGGCCUUGUCGACGAUACUUUCGCCGACAGCGACACCAUCGACCUCAUUGAGCUCGAGCUCUCCUCUGCCGACCGCCAUCACCUUGACAACAUCCUCAACGCCCGUCGCUUCGCCGACCGACACCAGCACCCUUGCCAAUGGUGGAGGAAAUGGAGGCGGCGGAAAUCCGGGCAGCAACGGGGGCGGAGGCGGAGGCGGCGGUGGAGGGGGCGGCGGGAACUCGUCGUCGCUGCUCUUCUUUGUCGCACUGGGAUUCGGCGUUGUUUUCACCAACCUUUGGAUUAUCGUCGGUGUGAAAUACUGUUUCAGGUAUAACGCACGGAACCGCCAGAUGCGCACAGAAGAUGGCGAGCCCAUCAAUAUGGAGAACAUGCCUCGCCCGCACCGCCGACGGCGCGAAAAGAAACUAAUGACAAUCGAUGAAGUGAAUGAGAAGUUUCCAAUGAUGAAGUACAAGACAUGGGUAGCCAGCCGUGCUCAGGAGGGUUUACCCACUCGGGGUGGUGUGUCGGCCCCUAGCAGACCGGGUAGCAUCCGGCAUGCAGACGGCAUCGCUCCGGAAUUACCGCCAAAGGAACGAAUCUCAACGGAUGACCAGCCCACAACAAGUGGUCCCACAACAGGGCUUGCGCCAGGAACGGAAACUCCAGCCACGCCAGCACCUGCUUCUGUCCUUACUGGAGCCGAAGCUGAAAGGGCUGAGAAGUCCGAGACAGAGGACCAUCGCCAUGUGCCGAAGGAGAGCACGUCGAGUACGGCAGCCGUCGUCAGGCCGGAUUCUAUAGAUGCCGACCACGAACCAGAACACACAAUUGCGCAGAAGCAUAUGAGCCAGUUGUCACAUGACGAGGAUGACGAGGACGACCACAUUGACGCGGCGCUUCCACCCGAAUGCAUGGGGACCACGGGUGAUACUUGUGCCAUAUGUAUCGAUACCCUGGAGGAGGACGACGACGUGCGAGGCUUGGCAUGCGGGCACGCCUUCCAUGCCGUUUGUCUUGACCCGUGGUUGACUACUAGGAGAGCAUGCUGCCCGCUGUGCAAAGCCGACUACUACACACCUAAACCACGCCCACAAGUCCCUGAGGGCGGCUCAGGCACGACAGGCGUCAUCACCGUCACGCUGCCAGGCGACUCGCGCGGCAACCGAGCAAACUUGCCCAGCAGACCUCGGCACGCCUUCUUCGGCUUUGGACGACCUGAGGGACGGAGGGCGAGUCAGCCGGCCACCAGCAGGAGACAGCGGGCGGGCGGUUUACAGCCUGGGCAGAAUGUCGCUUUCUCAUUCUUCGGCCGUCCGAGAGCGACGGAUACUACUGAACCUACGCGCCCGCCUCCGGGCUCGUCCGCCCAGGCCUCAUCUGGUGGUUUACUUUCCGGUCUCAGAACUGCCCUUCCAUCUCUUCGGGCUCCUUGGAGUCGGAACAACCAGGCUCCGACGGAGCCGGCGCCGUCAGAUGCGAAUCCGGCUGUUACACCUUCACAACUUGAGGCAGGAGCCCGAAAUCCACCCAAUUAA